AUGUCUGAGGAGAAGAAAGAUUCCAAUGUUGACAAGAUACAAGAUCUUUUGAAGUUGCUUGCGCUAAAUAACGGUGAUGUGCAGAAAUUGAAUUCGCAACAACGUAAAGCUUUUGAAGAGUACAAGUUCUGGAGGACUCAACAAGUGGUGUCAUUUGAUGAGAAAUUCGAUAAAGAAGGGGUUAUUGAUGAUACCAAGACUCCGGCUGACAUUCCAGACAAGCCAUUGCCAUUGAUAGAUGGGUUUACAUGGUGCAACAUCAAUCCAGAUGAUCCAAAUGAAUUGGACGAUUUGUUCGUUCUUUUAAAUGAGAAUUACGUAGAAGAUAAGCAUUCGGUAUUCAGAUUCAAUUAUAAGGAAGCCUUCCUCAAUUGGGCAUUGAAGGCACCAGGUUGGAAAAUCGAGUGGAAUGUUGGUGUGCGUGUACAAUCUACUGGGAAACUAGUUGCAUUCAUCUCCGCUAUUCCUCUCACCCUAAGAAUUCGUGAUAACGCUAUCCCUAGUGUCGAGGUCAACUUCUUAUGUAUCCAUAAACAAUUAAGGUCCAAAAGAUUGGCUCCUCUCAUGAUUAUGGAAAUUCAAAGAAGAGUGAAUAGAUACGAUAUCUGGCAAGCUCUAUAUACUGCUGGUGUUGUUUUACCUUCACCAAUCAGUACUUGUCGUUACACUCAUCGUGCAUUGAAUUGGACCAAGCUUUAUGAAACUGGAUUCACUGACUUACCAGGUGAUCGUACGGCACCUCAAAUGGUGGCCGAAUGUGCUAUACCAAAAGUGACGAAGAUGCAAGGUUUAAGACCAAUGAAAAAGGAAGAUGUUCCUGAGGCAUUCGCUUUAUUGAGUAAAUAUCAAGAAAGAUUUGAUUUAGCCCAUCUAUUUGAUGAAGAGGAAUUCAAACAUUGGUUCCUUGGUUCUCAAGACGAUAACAAAGUUAUCUUUUCUUACGUUGUUGAACAGCCGGAUGGUAAGAUAACCGACUUCUUUUCAUUUUACUCUUUACCUUUCAGCAUUCUUGGCAAUGCAAAACAUGAUCAAGUUGAAAUUGCCUACCUUUAUUACUAUGCCACUGACGCUGAUUUCGAAUACAACGAUAGGUUUAGUAAAGAAGCCACUGAAGUAUCGAAACAGAGACUUACUGAAUUGGUAGGAGACGCGCUUAUCCUCGCAAAGAAUAUGGGAAUGGACGUCUUCAAUGCAUUGACCUCUCAAGAAAACACGUUAUUUUUGGAAAAUUUGAAAUUCGGUCUAGGUGAUGGUUUAUUAAAUUUCUACACUCUAAACUACAAGGCCUUCCCAAUUACAGGCGGUUUGAAGCCAGAUAAUACCAUUGAUGCUGAGAAACGUAGUAAUGUCGGUGUCGUCAUGUUAUAA